GGCCUGCCCGAACCCCGGGGCCUACCCGAACCCCCCGCGGCCCUGCCCGAGCCCCCGGCCCUGCCCGCACCGAGCGGCCUCUCCUCCCGGUGCCGUCUCCUCCCGGUGCCGGGAAUCAGCGCUGCCGGGAGGCGGUGGCGGGGCCGUGUCCCGCUCUCUCCCUGCGGGGCUGGUGGAAUCAUUGUCAUUACGGCUUCGGCCCCGAGCCGCUGAAUGGGGUCUCAGGUGCCACUGAAACCCCGGGGCCGUGACUCAGGCCCCGUGUUCAGCGGGGUUGCUCCCGAAAUUAUCGAGGACACGCUGAUCCACUUGGCCACGGAGAAUGAGCAGUACUUGAGUGAGCUGCCAGAGCAGGCUGGGCGCUUCAAAGAGACCCGGAUCGUGGAAUUCAUAUUCCUUUUGUCUGAAAAAUGGCACUUGGACCAAUCGAUAUGCUACCAGGCAGUGGAGUUACUUGAAAGGUUUAUGAUCAAGCAGGUAGAGCAGAUGUGUGAUGACAGAGGGAACGCUAAAGGUCGUGAGCAAGGCCAGAGGAGCAGCUGGAGCUCUGUGAGGGAUCAGAUAGCCAGCACCUUUGUCCUGAGGCUCGUGUCGUGUGUUCAGCUUGCCAGCAAACUCUCUCUGCACUACAGUAGAGUGACCAGUGACACAGCUUUAAAAUUCCUGCAAUCCUUAAAAUACUCCUACACUAAACAGGAAUUGCUGGAGUCAGAGCUUGCUGUUUUAAACACUCUGCACUUCCACAUCAAUGUGUCAACUCCGUUGGCCUACGUGGAAUUGCUUCUGGAGGUUCUAGGCUACAACGGCUGCUUGCUUCCUGCCAAACCCUUACACCAGCUCUGUGUGCAGCUGCUGGACUUCUGCUACCUGGCCAGAGAGACCAUCUAUGACAUUUUGCUGAAGAUUGCCAUCGAAAACCCCACCCCGAGCAAACUGCAGAUAGCCAAGUUUUUAACGGUGAAGGAGGAUUCCAUGCUCUUGGCUGUUGGAGUCAUCAGUGCAGGUGUGUUCAUCCUGAGCCCCGGGCACUGGGAGCAGGUUGUGGAGCAUUUGAACUGCAUCACUGGCAUUACUCCACAAAGCAUCCUGGAGUUCUCCUACGCCGUGGUGAGGCGCAUAGUUGGCAGCAGCACACCCGAGCAGCACCGUGGGAGUCAUGGAAGCAAAUCUCCUGAGGACAGAGCUGUGCCUCAGAAAUAGAACCAGCCUGUCCAUCCAGGCAUUGGCCAGCAGCAGGAGCUGUCACGCUGCUGCCAGCAGUCCCUCCUCUGUGACACUGCCCAGGCACCCAGCACAGCUCAGGGUUACUGGAUUCUGGAACAGGUCGUCAGUCAGUCACUUGCUAAUUAGCAGGGCUCAUCCUGCUAGACAUUGCACUCAUGCUCUGAAGAGAGGCCCAGCAGCACCACAGUGUCCAGAAAUGCCCUAAAAGCUUUAUUGUAAGAAUUGUAUCUUUGAAGUUUUGACUCUAAGCACAGAGACCCCUCAGAGCAGUUGUUUGAUGGUGCUACCAUGCCUGGUGCUCAUACGAAUGUUACAAAGGGGGCUGUGCUGUCACCUCUUGCUGCUUUUAUAAAAUCCCUGCCUCAGCUGCCUGUGACUGUCCCCAGCACCUGGAGCCUGUUUGCUCUUGCCCCAGCACAGCCAGCAGUGACCAGCAUGGUGAUGAGGACAGAACUGGGCCAGUGCUGUGACUGUCACCGCAGCAGUGACAGCCUGGGGUGUGUCCUGUGAGUGCCAGGCACUGCUGGCUGCAAACACCUGGAGUGUGGAGAGUUUCAUUGUUUCCUCAGUGCAGGAACAGGCUGCAGGAGGGAUUACGGUGCUGUAACCUCGUUAAGUUCAGUCACAUAGAAGUGAUGAUGUGACUUAGAAAAUGCUUUAUUUCAAACUGUGGUUACUCUUUAACGAGACCAUGCAGAAUUCUGGCAUUAUUUCCAC